GAUCUCAGUCAGCACUCGCCUGCAGCGUAAAGAGGAAUCUCAGCAGCUACAACAAAAUGACUGUCACCAUGCUACGACUCGUUGCCGUGAUGAUUGCUGCUUUGUCAACCGACGUCUGCACGUCCAGCAGUUUGAAGUCCAUGCACAACAGUGAAGAUGAGGGAAUACUCAAAGCCUUGAGAGAUUUAACCGAUGCCGCAAUGGCAACGUCAGCAAAGAAUUCAUGGAACUUUCCUGCUGAUAAGAUCCAUUCAUCUGAUGGAAAGUUUGCCAGGGCACGAUGGUGGAUCCCAAACUUGGUCCUCCCUCACUCUAUAAAGAAACAUCAAGAUGUGUCCACAUACAACCUCAACUCCUUUGGACUACGUUAUGGAAAAUGACACAAGAACUUAUGUAUAUUCUUAUUGUGUGGGGUGUGUAACUUUGAAUUAUAGUAUUCUUAUUCAAUUUGUAUAUUCAGAGUGAGGUACCAAAACAACUGUCACUGUUAAAAACGCAAUAAAAAAACUCAGUUGAAAAUUA